AUUAUAUUUCUUUAACAACCACAAGUCUGGCCUCAUAUAAUUUAGUACUCCAAAUUCCCAAAUCUCCAAAGAUAGGGAUACCCGGAAAGGGGAGAGGUAUGGGGAAGACGACGAGGAAAUUGGAAGUGGCUUCGCCGGUUCCGGCGGAUAUAGACAUUGCGAACUCUGUGGAGCCGCUUCACAUAUCUGAGAUUGCUCAGGAACUCGGUUUGAGUGCUAAACACUACGAUCUCUAUGGGAAGUACAAAUCCAAGGUGCUUUUGUCUGCGCUUGAUGAGCUUGCAGGAGCUCAGGAUGGGUAUUAUGUGGUGGUUGGAGGGAUAACUCCAACCCCUCUUGGAGAAGGCAAGUCCACUACUACUGUUGGUCUGUGUCAGGCAUUGGGUGCUUUUCUUGAUAAAAAGGUUGUAACAUGUCUACGCCAACCAUCACAAGGACCAACUUUUGGAAUCAAGGGAGGUGCUGCGGGUGGAGGCUACAGUCAAGUGAUUCCUAUGGACGAGUUCAAUCUUCACUUAACGGGGGAUAUCCAUGCAAUAACAGCUGCAAAUAACCUUUUAGCGGCUGCCAUUGAUACACGGGUUUUCCAUGAAUCGAGUCAGUCUGACAAAGCGCUUUUUAACAGGCUAUGCCCACCAAAUAAAGAGGGAAAGCGAAAAUUCAGUGAUGUAAUGUUUAGGCGAUUGAGAAAACUUGGUAUUGACAAGACGAGCCCUGAGGAUCUAACGCCAGAAGAGGUUUCGAAAUUUGCUAGGUUGGAUAUUGAUCCUGCUUCUAUAACGUGGAGGAGAGUGAUGGAUGUUAACGAUAGAUUCUUGAGGAAGAUUACUAUUGGACAGGGUCCUGAAGAAAAAGGUAUGGUGCGAGAGACAGGGUUUGAUAUUUCGGUAGCUAGUGAGAUCAUGGCUGUUCUAGCCCUCACAACGUCCCUCACCGAUAUGAGGGAGAGGCUAGGAAAAAUGGUUGUCGGGAAUAGCAAGGCUGGUGAUCCGGUUACAGCUGAUGAUCUCGGUGUUGGAGGUGCUUUGACUGUGCUGAUGAAAGACGCCAUAAAUCCCACUCUGAUGCAGACGCUUGAGGGUACCCCUGUCCUUGUCCACGCAGGUCCUUUUGCGAAUAUUGCCCACGGGAAUUCGUCUAUAGUUGCUGACAAGAUCGCCCUAAAACUGGUGGGACCCGGUGGUUUCGUUGUAACAGAGGCUGGCUUUGGUUCUGAUAUUGGGACAGAGAAGUUUAUGAACAUAAAAUGUAGAUAUAGUGGCUUGAAACCCCAAUGCGCUAUAAUUGUUGCAACGGUGAGGGCCCUCAAGAUGCAUGGCGGAGGGCCAGAAGUUGUAGCUGGAAAGCCCCUUGACAGCGCUUAUGUAAAUGAGAACGUCUCACUCGUUGAAGCUGGCUGCGUUAAUCUGGCCAGGCACAUAUCAAACACGAAAGCUUAUGGCGUAAACGUUGUGGUAGCGGUGAACAUGUUCUCGACUGAUACUGAAGCAGAGCUGAAUGCCGUUAGGAAUGCAUCAUUAGCAGCAGGGGCAUUCGAUGCCAUAAUUUGUACCCAUCAUGCCCACGGUGGGAAAGGAGCGGUGGACCUCGGAAUUGCAGUUCAAAAGGCCUGUGAGAACGUUUCACAACCGUUGAAAUUCCUGUACCCUCUGGAUAUCGGGAUUAAAGAUAAAAUUGAGGCAAUCGCAAAGUCAUAUGGUGCGAGUGGCGUCGAGUACUCUGAACAGGCCGAAAAACAGAUUGAGAUGUACAGCAAGCAAGGAUUUUCCAAUCUCCCGAUUUGCAUGGCUAAGACUCAGUAUUCAUUUUCACACGAUGCUAAAGCAAAGGGAGCUCCAGGCGGGUUUGUACUUCCGAUCAGGGAUGUGAGGGCGAGCAUCGGAGCUGGAUUCAUCUAUCCUCUCGUCGGAACAAUGAGCACGAUGCCUGGCCUGCCAACGAGGCCUUGCUUCUACGAGAUUGAUCUCGACACUAAAACUGGAAGGGUUAUUGGCCUUUCUUGAAUCCAGAAAGGCGAAUUCCCCGCUGAAUAAAAUGGCUGUACUACCUUGCCACAGCACUGACAAUUUCUCACAUGUUUGAAGUUUUCUCUAAGCAAUAAACAUUUUCUCACCUUUCUUUUUCAGUGGAUUUUCUCAUGAGUUCUGUUUCUCAAUUAAACCUCUUGUUCAAAUUGUCUCAUUAGUCAAAUUCUGUGGUGAAUUGGUGGAUCUGUAAAUCUGUAACCCACAAAUUUUAUCAACUUGUACUGUUGUACAUAUAAACCACGGAACAUCAUAAAACCUA